AUGCGAGUAUCUCGAACUAAGCAUUGCGAUGAGAUCUCGUUCUCGCCCAAGGAGCCCGCGUCAAACAUCAGCAUCCACCGCGGCAUUGCCAAAUCAACGGACACGGCUGCAACAAUUGCUUAUCAAAGCCCGGAGCAAACAGUCGCGUGGGGCUGGAGUGUCACGUACAACUUUGUUGAAAAUGGCAGCAGCGCAGGUGGAGGCACUGUUUAUUUGACAUAUUCCUGGGGAGCCAAGGGGCACUGGACGAGCAGUGCUGAGGGGAAGCACCCUAACUCCAUCUCACUGAGUUGGGAAGGUGAUCCUCAUUGGACGAUCAAAGGGAGGGCGAAAGAAAGGGACGGUUGGUCCAAGUUCCUUCAGGGGAUGAAGGGAGUUUCGGCAGUCGACGCUGUGCCUCCUAGUCUGGUGAAACAGGAUAUCCCAGCACCUACGGUGGAUCUGCACAUGAACUCGCUGGACUAUUUCUUGACAACGAAUCUCCUUUGUCCAGGAAAGCAUACAUUCAAAGCUCAUGCUGUUGGGAAGGAUGAUAGUAGAGGGCUUGCUGUCCCUCAUGAUUUGAUUUUGACCGGGGAUAUUGAUACCAGCAUUUCCAAGUAG